AUGUUUCGAGCUAAUAAUUUUGAUAAGUUGCUUGAUAAAGCUACAAGUAAUCUACGCCUGGAUCCCGAUUGGCCGACUAUCCUACAAAUAUGUGAUUUGAUUAGACAGAAUGAUUGUUCACCAAAAUAUGCAGUGGCAGCAGUCAAAAAGAAACUAUACUCCUCAAACCCCCACCAAGCUAUGUUUGCACUGCUCGUCCUCGAGAGUAUUGUCAAAAAUUGUGGCUCUGGAGUUCAUGAUGAAGUGACAUCUAAAGCAUUCUGUGAGAUGCUCCGUGACCUUGUGAAGACCACACAACACGAAAAUCUUCGAAACAAGAUCCUUGAAUUGAUUCAAGCUUGGGCUUUCGCAUUCCGUAACUCACCGAAAUACAGAUCUGUUCAGGAUACUGUGAACAUUCUGAAGGCUGAGUGUUACAAGUUCCCUCCACUCAAGGAGUCUGAUGCAAUGUUCUCCGCCGAUACCGCACCAGAAUGGGCAGAUGGAGAAGUUUGCCACAGAUGUCGUGUGGCAUUUUCGUUGAUGGUAAGGCGACAUCAUUGUCGUGCAUGCGGUCAAGUGUUCUGCCAACAAUGCAGCGCCAAGCAAUCAACCCUGCCCAAGUAUGGAAUUGAGAAGGAGGUGCGAGUCUGUGAUGCUUGCUAUGAUAAAGUAAGCCGACCACCUCAGUCCACUACCAAGCUGGAGAUUGUUGACACAUCAAACGACUAUGGACCUUCUGUGCAAACACAGAAACGAACUGGUGGCAAGACAGCGGAGGAGUUGCAAGAAGAAGAAGAGUUGCAGUUGGCCCUUGCACUCAGCCAAUCAGAGGCUGAGCACAAAGAGAAAGAACGCAAGUCCCGCUCCCACAUCGCGCCAGAGCCUUCGUCUCAUCACCCGACUUUGUCUCCAACUCCAUCGUCUGUAAGUGCAUCCCCGGAACAUAGCACGCAAGCCAACUCCGAGCUGUCGCGGUACUUGGACCGCAACUACUGGGAGCAGCGGAUAAACCGCGAUAGCACUGUGGCGCCCACUGCACCUGCACCAGCGUCACAUGCCUCCGAUACUACUGAGGAAUUCCCAAAGCCCUCGACAGCAAAGGCUCAAGAUGAGGAUGCUGAGGACAAAGAAAUUGAUGAAUUUGUUGAAUCACUGAAAUCUCAAGUCGAAAUAUUUGUUAACCGGAUGAAGAGCAACUCGUCACGUGGACGUUCCAUCGCCAAUGACACUGCUGUACAAACAUUAUUCAUGAACAUUACUGCCAUGCAUUCACGUCUGCUGCGCUACAUUCAGCAACAAGACGAUAAACGUGUCUACUUAGAGAGCUUACAGGACAAAGUGACUCAGAUCCGCGACAGUCGCGCGGCGCUGGACACCCUGCGCGCGGAGCACACGGCGCGCCUGGCCGCCGCCGCGGAGGCCGCCGAGCGACAGAGGCAGAUGCAGAUGGCGGCUAAACUGCAAGCCAUGAGGAAGAAGAAACACGAGUACUUGCAGUAUCAGAGGCAACUGGCAUUGCAGAGAGUUCAGGAACAAGAAAGAGAAAUGCAAAUGAGGCAAGAGCAACAGAAACACCAAUAUUUAAUGAAUGCUAAUAAUUUUUACAUGCCUGGUGUUUCUAUGCCACAACAGUUCCAGGCUGGUUAUCCAAACCAGUCAAUUUAUGGAAACCCACAAUACCUUCCACAAAUGAUGCCACAAGCAACUACAGACAGUAGUGUUCCAGUGCCUGUGCCAGGACAAACACAAAUGUCAACAGCGAAUAUGCCAAUGAGCAUGAAUCCAAUGGCAACUAUUCAGUCCAUGCCACAGUUGACAAAUACUUUUGCAGCUCUUACCACAUCUGCUGGUGGUGUCAACCCAAAUUCUGUCAGCGCUCAACCGUCCAUGAAUCAAUCUAACUUAAGACCCAACCUAACUCAACAAUUACCACUUCAACAACAAAUGAUGCUGCAGCAAAUGAUGCGCAUGGGUGCGCCAGGUGCCAUACAUUCCAUUGUACCACAGACCCUUGCGAAUGGCAUGCCUGGACAAAACAUUCCCCAGCAGAAUGGUCAAAGUGCACAGUUACCCAAACAGAACUUACCUAACCAACCGCAGCAGCAGCCUAAUUCUAUGAUGCCUCAAAUGACUGUUGGCCAACAAAAUCUGGGACAGCAAACCCUGAAUCAACAGUUAAUGAACACCAACCCAAUGCUUGGACUACAAAUGCAGAACAUGAGAAUGCCUCUUAUGCAAGGCAACCAACCAAAUACUAAUCAGCAAGUUCCAGUUUCUGGAUAUCAGAACAUAAAUAUUCCAAAUCAAAUUAAUUCUCAACAACCAGGAGCUCAAGGUCCCAAUAUGCAAGUACAGUCACAAAUGCCUAUCCAAGGACAAGCAUUAUCCAUGCAAGGACAGCAAAUGAUGCCAGGUCAAUCCAUGCCUGGACAGUCCCAGCAGAUGCAAAUGAAUAAUAAUAUGCAACCAGGCGCAAAUAUACAACAAUCCCAGGGACAACAGGUGCCACAUACCCAAGGACAGCAGAUAUCUCAACUACAUCAGCAGCAGAUGUCACUGAAUCAACAGAUGUCUAUGCCCAACCAGCCAAUGCAACAACAGCCAGGACAACAAAUGAUGAUGCAAGGGCAACAAAUUCACCAUCAAGGUCAAAUGGUCAAUCAAGGUCAAACACCACAAGGGCAAUUACAACAAGGUCAACUGCAACAAGGCCAACUACAGCAAGGCCAAUUACAGCCUGGUCAACAACAAAUGAAUCAAGGACAGAUUCCAACUAGUCUUCAAGGGCAACAAAUGCUACCAGGUCAGCUACUGCCUGGAAAUCCAGGUCAGAUGCAAAUGGGCCAUCAGAUGCAAAUGGCACAAGUACAACAGAUGCAACAGGGGCCUGCUAUGCAAGGACAGGUCCCUCAGCAAAUGGGCAUGCCCCAACAAAUGUCACAAGUACCACAAGGGCCUUCUAUGCAACAAAACAUGCAGGGUCCACAGAAAAUGCCACAACAAAAUAUGCCACAGGGGCCGCCUGGAAACAACCAACAAGGCCAGACACCAGGAAAGCAGGAACAUAAUAAUAAUACAGGCGAGCUGAUCAGUUUCGAUUGA